AUAGUCACAAACAUAUGGCUCACAAUUUUAGAUGAACAGUUGAUAACAGGAAGGUUUUUUAAGUUAAAAUACAGAACGUAGGUACAUUUGAACAUUUUAUUUCGGUUGCUCCAAUGUGAGCUCGGGCUCUUCAAGACCCAAAAAAGUGAGAGCGAGACAUUUUCUUUGAUACAAAAGAAAUUGUGCACAAAGAAUUCGUCCCACCCAACCAAACAGUGGAUUCUGCAUACUACUGUGACAUUUUGCGAUGGCUCCGUGAAAACGUGUGGUGACGACGGCUCGAACUUUGGUAUCUAGGGAACUGGCUGCUGCAUCACGACAAUGUGCCCUGUCACACAUCCUUGUUCACUAGAACCUUUUUGGCAAAAAACAACAUGGCGGAUUACCCCACCCACCAUAUUCACCAGAUUUGGCACCUGAUGACUUCGCGCUAUUCCCAAAACUGAAACUCAAGUUGAAAGGCCAUCGGUUUGACGCUCUAGAGAGGAUUCAAGAAGCAUCGCUGGCAGUGAUAAACACCCUCGAAGAACAGGACUUCUAGAAAACAUUUGACCUGUGGCAGAAGUGCUGGGACUGGUGUGUACAUGCGGAUGGGAACUACUUCGAGGAUGAUGGUGACCAUUAGUCCAAAGUGACAUCCGAAAGUGCUUCAAAAGAUGAGUGCAGUUAUAUAGUGCUUGUUAACGCUGAGGUUGAAACUUUUUGCAAAAGAAUCCAAGAAACGUUCUAAAAUUGGAAAGCAAUGUGGCCAGAGUCAGCUGUUGUGAUGUAAAUACUGCCAAGCAGAUAUGUCAUGCAAGGCUCUGUUGUUAUAUGCAGCAUGACAGGUCAAUGCCAAUCUCAUUUCCUAUAUGAAGUAGAUAAAGGGUUUUGAAUUCAGGGCAUGCAAAAAUGGAGCAUGCUCUGACAUCCAACAUUACGUGGUAUGAGGCAUUAAUAUCUGUGAUGAAACUUCAUGACAAUAUUACUGCAGUUCUUGAAGCAUUUUCAGUGGAACUCGAAACAGGCACUAAAAAACUGUCCAUUGAUAUUGUUGUUAAACAUGGUUAUGAGUGGAUAAAAGUCAUAGCAAAGAAUGCAAGAAAUGUCAUAAGUUCCUUGGAGGGUGAUUGCAGUUAUGGGAAACGAACCUACAUUGAUCAAGCAAAAGAUAUACUUCUGUGUGCAGAGAAACAUGCCCUUUAUUUCAAAACACCUAAGGUUGUUUUUGUGUUUACACGUGGUGUGGAUGAAGAAACUGUGAAGUGCCUUACUGACCUUGGUGUUACAGUUAGGAGUAUAGGAAAUGAAUCUGACUGGUCUGAAAAAAAUAAAGAUGAAGCUAAAGGAACGCUAGAAAAUCAGAAUCAGCAUAACACAACAGUUUUCAGCUGCAGUUCAUUAAAGGAAAACAAAAAUGGUUUGCUAGCACAUGUCAGUGAUAUUCAGUGCCUGAAUCUUGAUGUAACAACUUUACUUGCUUAUGUGUCUGAUUUAACCAAUGGAGGAUGUUACUUUGAUUUUGAUGAUCCUUGUAUUAAUUAUCAAGCUGAGCAGGAAAGGAAAGAACCAUUGAAACCUCUUCUGGACAAACUGUUUGUUGGGAAACAGUUGAUAUGCUGUCAAAGUGCAUAUGAAAGCUUCUCAUCCAUCAUUGAUACAGUUGGUGGUGAAAGUGAGAAGAAAUCUGCAUCACAGUUCAUGGAGAAGGUUUUGGUUGUUAAUGAUAUACUUUCACAAGAAUUUGAAAAUAUUAAAUUAGGUGGAAAAAUUAAGAAACGAUCACUUAUAGUUUUUGCAACAGGGCAUGCUAUGAGAUCAGUAACAGUAACAGCAAAUGAAGGAUUUUGUAGAGCAUCACUCAAUAAGGGUAUUAGAUUUGCUGUGUUUCUGCAUCAACCCAGGGCACUAACUGAAAAUAUGAAGAAAAAAAUUAUAUCACGCAGCAAGACCUAAUUUUCUUCCGUACAAAGGAAAGCAAGAUAAUUGGUAUGUGAAGAGACCUCACUGAAUAUGUCAGUCUAUUUUUGACAGUUGUUAGAGUUUUUUGGUAUUUUCAUAUUUAAUAAUAUUGCCUUAGAGCUAUAACUAUAUACGAUUGGCGUAUAUUUCCAUCUGUGAUAUGCAUUUACACUGCAUUAACAUUUUUUUAUGUUUUGAGGAAAUUUUCUUGUACUUGUUGUUUAUUUAUUGUCAAAAACACCCACUACCGGAAGUGGGUUGUAUUUUCUGUUAGUCUGCUAUGUAAUA